AUGAAAAGCAGAGAAAUCAUGAAAAAGACAAAUUUCGGAAGGAGUAUUCUUCUUCUUUCCAUCAUCAUGCUCCAUUGUUUCUUCCUUUCAUCGUCCAUGUUAAACGCCCAUGAAAAUCCAUCUCCAAAACCAUUUCCGCACAUCCCUCGGCCGUUCUUUUCAUCGCAUCGUGGAUCCCGAUUUUUAACCCCUGAAAAUACGAUGCAAGCCUUUCAACAAAUUUUAGCAUUGGGAACAAGCGUUUUAGAAUUUGAUGUACGUUUGACGAAGGAUCAUCAAUUAGUAGUAUUUCAUGAUGCUGUUGUGAAUAGAACCACUGAUGGAGAGAAUGCUGUCAAUGCAUAUACAUUACAAGAAAUUAAGAAAUUAAAUGCUGCAUUUCAUUUUAGGGAUCAUACUGGAGAGUAUUUGUUUAGAACAACAACAACGAUGGAAAAGAAGAAGAUUUCUUUUAGAGUUUCAACGUUGGAAGAAAUCUUUUUAGAAUUUUGGGGAGAACCGCGUGAGCUCACUCCACUUGACAUCAAUAUGAAUAUUGAAAUUAAGGACAAUGAUUUAUUAGCAGCAGAAUUAUUAUUGAAAUUACUUGAAAAAUAUGGAAACGUGCACGAACAUGUGGUGAUUGUUUCCAAUUUUUGUACACCAUUAGAGUUCAUUCAACAAAACAACAAACUUAUUCCAACAGGCACCUGUGAAAAAGAAGUAGUCCGAUUUGUGAUUUAUCACACAUUGAACGAUUUAACGAGUCCUCUUUUUGAAUUGGGAAAAUUGGUUAUUGGCCAACAAUCCAUGAAAACUCGUUACAGUGCCUUUCAGAUUCCAGUUUCGCAUUUAGGAUUGAAUUUUUCUAAUCCUUAUUUCAUUAGCGAUGCCAAGCAAACUGGAAAAGAAGUUCAUUAUUGGGUUGUGAAUUCUAAAGAAAGUAUGCGACAACUCAUUAAGGCUGGUGCUGAUGGAAUCAUUACAGAUCGAACAGAUUUAGCGCUUGAAGUAUGGAAAGAAAUGAAUCUUCCACUCUCUCCAAUUGUUGAACUUUAUAGAAAAAAGUAUUCAGACCAUUUACCACAUUUAUCAAAGCCUUAUGAAAAUUUUGAAGAAAUUCAUUCUUGCGUCACACUGAUAUGUCGAGUCAUUGAUUCACUGAAAUUUGUUGUGUUAUCAACGCUUUUCGUGAGUUUAUUAUUGAGCUACCAAUUAUGUUGCUAUUGUUGUAAAUUAUUUACCAGUGGAAAGGCAGAGCGAAAAACAAAGGUAGAUUAA